UUGGCCAACGCCCGGGAGAGGACCCGCGUCCACACCAUCAGCGCCGCCUUCGAGGCGCUGCGGAAGCAGGUUCCCUGCUAUUCUUAUGGUCAAAAGUUGUCCAAACUGGCCAUCUUGAGAAUAGCCUGUAACUAUAUCCUUUCCCUGGCCAGACUAGCAGACCUGGAUUACAGCGCUGACCACAGUAACAUGAGCUUCUCUGAAUGCGUGGAGCAGUGCACUAGGACCUUACAAGCAGAAGGAAGAUCUAAAAAAAGGAAGGUUACUUAACGCUGAACCAAUUAGGUGAAAUCAUCAUCAAGCUGCAGUAGGAGGAAGCAGAGCGCUCGGCCAGUUUUCCUCUUGGAAAGUGACAUGGGUAAAUUAAAGGAGUGAUUGAUGUCUUUGUUCGGGCUUUUAUGACAAAAAGAGUUUUGUAAACUUGAAUUGAACUUCCCCCUGCUUUCUGGGCUCGCUUGUCAUGCAGGAUAAUAAAUCAGCGGGGCUUUAAUGGAUAAAUGGACAGCUAAGCUGGGGAGCAGGCUCCUUCCCGGUGUCGUUAAGGUCUGCCUCUGAUUCGGGCAGGUUUCCCUGGUUUUCCUCUUUUUCAGCCCAGCAAAUCAUCCGUCAGAAGUUCGGGUUAUAAAUAAACACAAUAGUAUGCUCUC